AUGACAGAGGUCCAAAAACUACACGCCGAACGACAGAUUCGAGAUGCCCUCAAUACGCGUAACGGUCCUGCGUCUACAGCUGUAUAUCUUCUGCCAAUAAAUUCGGAUGUACGCGUAUGGAGGGAAGGAAACACCAGCUAUGCAGGAGAGUGGAAAGGCCCAUACAAAUUAUUAAGUGUUGAGGGCGAGACGUGCACAAUUCAGUUUCCAGAUGGACCAAAGCAAUUCUGUACAACUGUUGUGAGGCCAUAUUACAAGGCACCGGAUGAGAACGACCAAGACACCAAUUCGGAGCAUACAAAUGAAGAGCCUGAGGCACCUUUAGGCACAAACUCAACACCACCCACACCUCAAGACGACGAGCCAGACACAUCUACACCCCAGGCAAGGCCUGCACAGCGCCCCCAACGAAAUCGGCAAUUACCAGCCCGAUAUCGAGAUGACCUCAUACAAUCGGUAUUCGCUCAAUUCGACCAAUCACAAGAGAAAGAGAUCAACGGCCUAUUAGAAAAUGGUGUAUUCGAAGUGGUCAAAUUCGUCAAUGAGAUAAAGAAUCAGGGUACUGACAAGGCCUUUGAAAAGUCGCGACUAGUCGUACAAGCCUACAACGACAAAGGGAAAGAGAUCGUAUUGACUCAAUCGCCUAUAAUACAGCGCUGCAGUCAACGCCUGCUUCUGUGCCUUACAAUCUGCAUUACCGAUACCCAUCUUUUUCUACGCGAUGUCACGCAAGCCUAUGUACAGUCAACUACGCCCCUCACUCGCAACUUUUAUAUACGACCUCCUCCCGAACUCGUGCACCUGUUCCCUCCAGGCACAAUAUUGAAAGUUGUCAAGCCUUUGUACGGCAUCCCUGAAGCAGGUAAUCACUGGUUUCGAACCUAUCAUAUACAUCACACGGACAAACUUAAUAUGACAACAUCCACCUACAAUCUAUGCCUAUUGCACUGCAUUGACCAGUCACAAGGAUUUGGCAUUGUUGGCAUGCAGACCGAUGACACCCUCAUCCUCGCCGACAACACUUUUGCGAACCGUGAGGAGAAUAAGAUUAAACGAGCUAAUAUUCUUUGCAAACCACGAGAGAAGCUUACACCUUCGAACCCGUUAAAAUUCAACGGUGGCCUCAUUACGGAGGAUGCCCAGGGUAUUACCCUUACCCAGGAACGCACUUGUAAGCUUAUACGGUCUGUACAAGAUCGACAUGCGGAUACAACGAGUUCCCGAGGCAAGGUCCGAAAGGACGUAUCACCGCAGGAACAAUAUGUGGCUCAACGCGCACUUGGAGCCUACAUUGCUUCCGUAUCGCAGCCUGAGGCUUCCUUUGAUCUAUCGUUCGCUGCCCAGAUUACAAAUCCAGCAUAUUCUCUUCGCCCAGACUGA